AUGGGAUCCCCGAAGCAAGGUUCCGCGCUGCGCCACGGCGGCCACGCGCACUCCGCGCACCACCUGCCCGCCGCAGUGACCAACGCGCGUGCGGCGCUCUUCGCGGCGGGCCUACUAAUAGUAACCCUCAUCUCCAUCCUGGGGUUCAACCUCUCCUCCAUGGACCCCCCGGAGCCAACCUCCAGAGCCGCGUGUGGCGGCAACCACGUAGGCCCAGGCACGGAGAGCCCGUACCACGACAAGCGCAGCGAGGUGUAUGAUAAGAUGGAGGCGGAGUUCUAUGACAAGGGGGCUGAGUUCCUCUUUGGCUCCUCCAGCACCACCUCCCAGUCGCUCAAGGUGCGCUGA